AUGGGUGUUGAGGGGACCAACAAGAUAAUGAGAGAAAUGAAAGAUGACUUCUCACAAUUAAAUCAAACGGUGACCUCUCACUCGGCCUCUAUCAAGCAACUUAAAACUCAAUUGGGCCAAAUCUCGGUACAACUUAAUGCAAGACCAAAGGGUGAAUUACCUAGUGACAUAGUUGUCAAUCCUAAAAAUGAUGCUUACAUCAUGACUAUUGUCACUAGGAGUAGUCGAACUCUUGGUGAAGAUGUUGUUGAUCUUGGUGAAGAUCCCAAUGAAAAGGCAAAUAAAAAACAAGCCAAUGCAAAGAGAAAAUGGCUAGAAGAGCUAAUUGAUAAUGAUCCCAAGCCUAAUGAGACAAGUGUUGAACGACCAAUGGUAGUUGAAGAAAAUGUUAAAAGUGAGAAAACUCCGAAGGUGAUUGACGAUGAUACUUCAAAAAUGGAUGAAACUCUAACUGUUCCAUUGCUACAAAUCAAAAUUUCUCCCCCAUUCCCACAAAGGCUCAAGAAGAAGGAUGAUGAUACCAAGUUUAAAAAGUUCCUUGCAAAUUUUAGCAAUUUAUCAGUGAAUAUUCCAUUGCUAGAAGACUUACAAGAAAUGCUUGGUUAUGCUAAAUUUAUAAAGGACUUGGUUACAAAGAAGCGAGUCAUGGAUUUUGAAAUAAUUGAGGUAACCUACAAUUUUAGUGUUAUAAUGUCUAGGAAAAUAGUGGUGAAGAAAGAAGACCCGGGUGGAUUUACUAUUCCUUGCAUUAUCGGAGUCUACAAAUUCAGAAAAAUUUUGUGUAAUAUUGGGGCAAGUAUUAAUUUGAUGCCAUUUGUCGUGUUUCAAAAGUUAGGCUUGGGUACUCCUAAGCCUACCACUAUGAGGCUUCUAAUGGCUGAUCGUUCAAUCAAAAAACCCAUGGGUGUGUUGUAUGAUGUUUUGGUUAAAGUCGAUCGGUUUAUUUUUUUGGCCGACUAUGUUAUUCAUGAUUUUGAGAUUGAUCAAGAGGUUCCAAUCAUUCUUAGUAGACCAUUCUUAGCUACCGCAAGGGCCUUAGUAGAUGUGGAAUGUGGGGAGAUAAAAUUUCGGGUGAACAAUGAAGAAGUAUCCUUCAAUAUGUGUAAGUCCAUGAAGCAAUCUAUGGACUUGCAAGUUAUUUCGGUGAUUGAUGUGAUUGAUGAUGAGGUAGCUAACUCCGUUGAAAUGGACCUUGUGAAUGACCCCUUGGUGGGUGUGUUGUGGAACUUUGGAAGUGAGACAGUUGAAGAAUGUGAUGAGAUGGUAACUUCAUUGAUGGGUCUUGGGUCUUACACCAAGAACCCAGUCAAAUUGGAUCUUGAUUUGAAAAAUCGUGAGAGUCCACCCGCCAAGCCAUCUAUUAUUGAACUACCUCAACUCGAACUUAAUCCGUUACUAUCCCAUCUCCAAUAUAUUUUCUUGGGUGAGGAUAAUACAUUGCCAAUCAUUAUAGAGGGUGAUCUUGAACCUUGUCAAGUAGAUGCCUUGAAAUCAAUUAUGAAAAAGUUCAUUCGUGCUAUCGGGUGA